UAUAUGUUAUUUUUGGUGAUUGCGAAACGUCAAAUUUUGUAAAUGAUGAGUCGUACACAAGGGUGUAUUUAUUAACUUAUUUUCUAUGUUUAUUUUCUUUAAAUGAACUUAUAUACGUAUUUCAUUGUAUUGUACGCGUCUACUAAUAUUCCCGCUAUCUUUACAAGCCUAUUUAUUCAGUGUUCUGUGCAAUAAUUCAACAAAAACAUGGAAGAUAUAUUUCAGUGGUGUCGUGAAGGAAAUGCCCUACAAGUGAGGGUUUGGCUCGAUGAUACCGAGCAUGACAUGAAUCAGGGUGACGACCAUGGCUUCAGUCCUCUACACUGGGCCUGCAAGGAGGGGCACCUCAAGAUCGUUGAGAUGCUGAUCCGCCGAGGAGCUCGCAUCAAUGUCACCAACAUGGGGGAUGACACUCCGCUGCACCUUGCCGCUGCGCAUGGGCAUAGACCUAUUGUGCAUCUACUCCUCCAAAACCGGGUAGAUGUGAACUUCACAAACGAGCAUGGCAACACCCCGCUCCACUAUGCAUGCUUCUGGGGCUACUCCGCCAUCGCAGAGGAUCUGCUGCUGGCCGGGGCGCUCAUCUCGCUGGCCAACAAGGAUGGAGACACCCCGCUGGAUAAGACUAGGGGACAGCUGGUGCAGAGACUCCACGAGAUGGCCACCCAACAAGGGCAAGACAUGAAGAAGAUCCAGUUCAAGGACCAGUCCUGGCUGGGACUGAAGACUCGCAGCCGCGACGCCACGCUGUCUAGACACAAGGGCAUCAACAUCAACGAGCUCGCGCUGCAUACUAGGAUCGCUGUUACUCCCUCCGGCGAAAGCUGGCGCGGGCGCUGGCAAAAGAACGACAUCGUGGCGAAGAUCCUGGCAGUCCGGGAGUGCACCCCGCGCGUCCAGCGGGACUUCAAUGAACAGUUCCCCAAGUUGAGGAUCUUCUCGCACCCCAAUAUACUGCCUGUGGUCGGCUGCUGCAUCUCCCCGCCCUCCCUAGUCGUCAUAUCCCAAUACAUGUCGUGGGGCUCCCUAUACGGGCUCCUGCACGGCGGCGGCGGCGGCGGCCGGGUCGUCGUGGACGCCGGCGCGGCUCUGAGGCUGGCUACGGACGUGGCUAAAGGCAUGGCGUAUCUGCACUCGCUGGACAGAGACAAGAUACUGCCGAGCUAUCAGCUGAAUAGCCGGCAUGUUAUGAUCGACGAAGACCUGACCGCCCGCAUAAACAUGGCGGACGCGAAAUUCUCCUUCUCAUCCGCGGGGCGAGUAUACCAGCCGGCGUGGAUGUCCCCCGAAGCCCUACUGAAGGCUCCGGGCAAGAGGAACGCGGAGGCCGCCGACAUGUGGAGCCUGGCCGUGCUGCUGUGGGAGCUGGCCACUAGGGAGGUGCCGUUCGCAGACCUAUCGCCGAUGGAAUGCGGCAUGAAGAUAGCUCUAGAAGGCCUUAGAGUGUCCAUACCCCCCGGCGUCUCUCCCCACAUCGCGAAACUGAUCAAAAUCUGCAUGAACGAAGACCCAGGCAAGAGACCGUCCUUCGAAAUGAUACUGCCCAUUCUUGAGAAAAUGAAACGUUAAGGUUGGCUGUUUGGACCGUGGAAUCUUUGCCGAUUGUUUUUUUUAUUAUUUGACGUUUGUAUUUUGUUUUGGUGCCAAAGCCGUGUAGGUAGAACUAAAGUAACUAAAUUAAAAUGGCGGCCGUUACAUAAUUGGGAGUAGGAGGGAGUGUUGACAGAUUUAUGAAUAGGUGGAGAUGCCUGAGAUAGCAUGAGUCAGUCCGCCAUUUUCAUAUUGUUUCUUUAUCUGUGCGACUUAUAAUGAAUGUUAAUUACGUUUUACACAAAGAUUACUAAAAAAAUUAAUACCUCUAAAGGGCUCGAUUUGUUAUAAUAACUAAUUAUACAUAUUUUAACUAUGUAUGAAAUGGAUUCCAACAAAUGAUUGUACACAAAGUGUUUUUUUUUUCAAAGCCAAUGUAUAAAUGUAUAUGUGUGCCUUUAUUAUGUGCCAUUAUUUACUACAAUAGUAAUGUGUUAAUAAUAUGUAUCCAACAAUAGAAAAUAGCUAAUUGAUUGUUAUAAACUGAACAAAAUUAUUUAGGCAUUUUGCCUUAGAUGUUGAUAGUGGUACCCACUUAAAGAGAUUGUAGAGCAAGUAGUGACUAGUUAUUUCAAAAUGUAUGUACUAAUGAAUUUUUGUUUUCUACACUAUGUAGAUGUUAUGUGUUGUCCUAAUUUAUGUAACUAGCAGUAUUGUCAUGUGUUGUUUUUAGAUAAUCAAUUAUGGUGAGAUUGGUUUUCUAAAUUGCUAAGUAUAGUGUUGACGUAAUGAAAUGUUUUUUUGUUAGAUAAAACUAAACGCGUAUUUGUACGACGAAGUAGAGUCUCUAGCGAUACACAUGCUGCAUUGCCGCAGCACUAUCCCCUUAUAAUAAAGUUCAAAAUAUAAUGGC